AUCUGGUGGAAACCGGAUUCUCAAGCCAAUUUACAGAACCCAACAGAAUCCUCUUUCAUUUCAAGUUUCUUUUUUUUCCAUUCAUGGAGGCUUAACCCUAUUUUGAGAAUCUGUAUUUCUUUCUUUGGCUUCUGCAUUUUGACUAUUUUUAUUUUUAUUUUUUUUGUAUUAAUGCAUAUCAUUACUUGUCUUUUAGAGUUAAUACAAUGCAGUUGUUGGAGCUCAACUUAUUUAUAGCCCAUGUUUUACAUUUUAUAACAUAUUCUCAAAAUGUCAUCAUGACUCUAUUGACAUAACCUUUCAUACAAAGGAUGUCCACAGGUGCAAACUUUGUCCCCUGGUGUGGCACCUUAUCUGUAAACCGUGCGUUCCACUCAGCAUGGAGCUAAUAGCUUAUAUAUUAAACUCAGGGCAACGCACUAAGCAAACACUGCACCAAAAGAGUACUGGAAGUAGAAGAUAUGACUCUAGCCAUCUUGUGGACUGGACUUAUCUUCCCACAUCGUCAUGGGCCAGCGUGGAUCUAAACUACCUGAAGCCCGGAUUGUCCUUUUGGGUCUGGAUAACGCAGGGAAAUCCACUCUGCUUUACAAACUGAAGCAUAACGCGUGCGUCAGAACAGUUCCCACCAUAGGCUUCAAUGUGGAAAUGGUCGAGGCGAAAAAGAACAGGAAGAACAUCGCCUUAACAUUAUGGGAUGUCGGGGGUCAGGAACAGAUGAGACAGCACUGGAAAAGUUUCCACCAGGACACGUCGGCGAUCGUGUUCGUCGUGGACAGCUCCGACAGGGUGCGUUUGGAUGAAGCGCGGAGGGAGAUGGAAACCACACUGAGGAGCGAGCAGCUGCGUGGACGUCCACUUAUUGUACUCGCAAACAAACAAGACGUGGACGACGCACUGACUGUCACUGAAAUCAAGGAGCGGUUUAACCUGAGGAAGAUCUGCGUAGGUCGGGACUGGUUUGUUCAGCCGUGUUCUGCGUCCACGGGAUUUGGGAUUGAGGAGGCCUUCAGACGGGUGGUCCACAUGAUCAAAUUCCCCUCAGACACAGGAAUGAAAGACAAUAUCAAAGAAACGGUGCACAACCUCAGAAAGAGCAGCAGAUAUUAAAUUUUUUUUAUUUAUGUGUAAUUUAUCAAGAGUUGCAUUUUAAAGUAUGUUUGCUGUAAAUCUGAGUUCUGAACACUUCUGUUUUAAAAAGAUCUGACACAAGUUAAAGUUAAUCGCACUUA